GUAAUCGUUGACCGAGGAUUAUGUCAAAGAUAACGGGCUACGACACUCACGAUGAUGGACCAGGAUUUGUGGGUAUUAGAUUUUGUCAGGAAUGUAACAAUAUGUUGUAUCCUAAAGAGGAUAAAGAAAACAAAGUGCUCAUGUAUGCAUGCAGAAAUUGUGAUUUUAAGCAACUGGCAGACAGCAAUUGUAUCUAUGUGAACAAGAUCAUGCACGAAAUUGAUGAACUGACACAUAUUGUCGCUGAUGUAAUAUCGGAUCCUACAUUGCCAAGAACCGAAGAACAUCCAUGCCCAAAGUGCAAUCACAGAGAAGCUGUAUUUUUCCAGGCACAAACUAGACGAGCUGAAGAGGAAAUGAGAUUGUAUUAUGUGUGUACGAAUCAACAUUGCUCCCAUAGAUGGACAGAAUAAAUAAUAUAUACAUAUAUACAUAUAUCCAACCAUCCGGUGUACAUCUCCCCUAUUUGUAUAACUUAAUUAUAUUAAAUCGAUAAAUCGCAUAAAAAAUUGUAUGUAAAAAUGCAUAAAAUGCAUUGUAACAGUGUAUAUAAUAAAAUUGUAAAAAAUAUGAGAUAAA